CAAUGCUAAUAAUAAACAACAACAACAAAUUUUCGAUUUUUCCGAAAUUUUUCCAAGGGGUACCCCUUCAAUUUCUCCCAAAUUAGUAACUCCCAGUGCGCACGUUCGAAAAAUCCCACGAUGUACCCAACGCUGUUGAUACCCAGCUGUUACUGUUAAAUCAUUUGGUCUUUGUUUCAAAGUGUAAACAGAAAGAGGACGAAAAGGAAAUACAGAAAAGGAUUAAUUAUUGAUUCAUCAUUUAAGGAAUGAUUAUAAUGUUGAUGAAUGAUGUUAUGUGAAAUCGUUUGGGAAGGGUUUUAGAACAGGUUAAAUGUCAUUGUCACAGAGGAUGACAUCAAUUGUGAAUUAAAUAAUAUAUUCCAGAAUUUAAAAAUGAUUACUAUGUGGCAUCAACAAGUGUUCGCACUUGAUGCCAAAUACAAUGCACAACGUGCAAACAAACUACCUACGCUAGGAAUCCUUUAUAUUCGUCGUCGAAAUCAACUGCUCAAAGAGAAAUUCAGUAAAGAUCCAAAGAUCCGUGAGAGCUACUUGAAACUGAGGUCGAAGCUAUUGUCCCUACGCUACGGCGAUAAUUUAGAACAGGCCAGUUUCAGUGGUCACACGUCCGAGGAUGAGAGAUCAGAAGUUAAAACGAAGCUUCAGAGCACGCAACGAAAAUCGACAGCAGAAAGUUUUGCAUUCGAUGGAGUGCAUCACGUUUUCGAUCAACACAGUGCACCCGUGAUGAUGCUGAAAUUCGCGAACAACGAUAGGUCAAAGUUAUGCUGCGCAUCGUUGGACGGGUCACUGUCUAUAUGCGAUGCCAUCAGCACACCUCCUAAAGUGAUAGCUUUGCUAGAGGGUCAUAAGAAAGGCGUUACUGCGUUAGACUGGAGCAUCACCAAUGAUCUAAUAGUUUCGUCGUCUCUCGAUGGUACGAUACGACUCUGGAACGUUCUCCAUAUGGAGAACUGUCCGACUUGUUUAAGGGUGGUCAACGACCAACAGCGUGCAGAAGUUCUGUGCUGCGGGUUUGUACCUAUAAACAAUAACUUGGUAGUCGCUGGAAACUCCCAAGGACUUGUACAGAUCUUGAAUAUAUCAACGGGUAUAUAUACCCGCGGUGGAUCUUGCAAGAUUGGUGGAAAAAUUUUAUCGUUGACUUGCGAAGGUAGCGGUGGUUCGGUGAUAUGGGUCGGAACCGAUAGAGGAAUCGUCAUAUCGUUUCAAUUAGAACCGGGAUCAGGUCGAUUAACGAAAUUGAAAAGGAUAUUAGAAGCUGGCGGGAUGAUAACUAGUCUCUCUUGGCGUUCGUGGCUUUCGAAGGAUACUCCUUGUCCAGCACUGUUGGUCAGCAGCGCUUGUAACAUGGUGCUCCUGUAUCACAUCGUCGACAAUCAGGGAUCGUUGUCUCUUUGGACGAAAUAUCCGAUAAAGCACAAACAAUAUUUCGUGCGGUCUACGUUCUGCCCGCAAAUGGAAACGUGUUUGAUAGCCACCGGUUCCGAGGACGGUACGAUACACCUUUUGGAUUCUGCGAGGCAGGGCAAGGCAGCUAAAAUCAAUCGAUUACAAGGACACGCGUCGCCGACGCUCGCUUUGUCCUUUAAUUACGAUGAAUCUCUCCUCGCGUCCGCGGAUAUUCAGGGGCUCAUCAUUCUAUGGCGUAAUCGUCAACGUCAUAUAUAAAUGUACAAAGGUGAAGUGAUAUAUUUUUUAUAAAAAUGAUUGUCGUCUAGGUAAACAUGUUUGUAAUAAAGUUUCAUCUACGUUUCAAACCUCGAGCAAAUCGGUGAGACGUGGGAAUGGGAUGAGACAUUUUUCUCUACUCCAAAUAAAAGUCUGCUUCGUAUAACAAUA